ACUUACUUAAUUUUUAACUCAGUAGUCAAUAAAGUGGUCAGGAUAGUUAUGUUUUUAGUUACAACAUAGCAACAGUCCAUCUCUCCCUGACUUUCAAGUAUUUCUGAAUUAAUCCUCAAGGUAUUGUUCAAGGCAAGCAGAACCAAGAAUAACCAGGAUCCCUGUGAAGUGUGAUAUAUUGUUACAGAUCCCCAUGGCUAACAGAACUCAGGAGGAUGCUGUGAUCAAUGUGAAGUUUAUCCAAGAACUUGCAAAAGACCUUGGCUUUCAAUGGACCCUUGUGGCUUUCGAGCUGGGAUUCUCUAGGGCAGACAUCGGUCGGUUUCAAGCAGCCUCCAUGCAGAAAUGUGUGCAAGCCAAGAAAAUGUUGGAAAGCUGGUAUGAAAAGUCAAAGGACCGAGAGAAUAAAACUAAGUGGCUGCAGGUGGCUCUGGAGCGGGCUGGACGGAGGGACCUGGCAGAUAAGCUGCAGUGUUUGCACUGGGGGCACCAGAACCUCAGCAGCCGUGUGGAGCUCCCAUCAGCCUUCCCGUUCCUCAUCACCGUGCACAAGACCAUCAACAACCGCCAGGGGCUGCAGAGAAUCAAUCAGCUCAGCCACAGAUAACAAAAACCAACAUUGUCAACUGACUAAACUCAAACUGUUGCUUCAGUUUUACCUGUAUGCAGAGAAGUGACAAGUUCAGUAAAAACAUCAAUUGUUA